AUGGCUGCUGCUAUGGAUGUGGAUGUUCCUAGCGGAACCAAUAGCAGUGCUAGCAAAAAGCGGUUUGAGGUGAAAAAGUGGAAUGCAGUUGUUGCUCUUUGGGCCUGGGACAUUGUAGUUGAUAAUUGUGCCAUCUGCAGAAACCAUAUUAUGGACUUGUGUAUAGAAUGUCAAGCCAAUCAAGCAUCGGCUACCUCUGAAGAGUGUACUGUGGCAUGGGGAGUAUGCAAUCAUGCAUUCCACUUUCAUUGCAUCUCCCGUUGGUUGAAGACUCGACAAGUUUGUCCACUUGAUAACAGAGAAUGGGAAUUUCAAAAGUAA